AUGGCAGAGACCACGACCGCAACUGCGGCUAGUCUGUCUGACGAAGAGAUCAACCAGCUUCUGAACGAAGCUGAGGCGAGAUUAGCUGCAAAGCAGCAAGAACAGAAUGGCAAAAGCCUUGCCAUGCCGUCCAGCUCCGAGCUCACGACCAUCACCAAGGGCAUGACCAGUGUCCCGAAACCCACAACCUUGACUAUGUCGCCGUCAAUACCCAAGGGCCAGGAGCUUUCCGUCAGAGUUCCCGAAGUCCGGAAAUCCAAGAAGGAAAUGGCAACCAAAGUUGAUGCUGGCUCCAAGUGGUACAACCUUCCGAAGACGAAUCUCACUCCAGAGUUGAAGAGGGACCUCCAACUGCUCCGAAUGCGAGACGUGCUCGACCCCAAGAGACAUUACAAGAAGGACACUUCAAGGGCGCUGCCUGAAUUCUCGCAGGUGGGGACUAUCGUCGAGGGACCGACCGACUUCUACAAUUCCAGGAUGACCAAGAAAGAACGCAAGCGCACCAUGUUGGAAGAGGUUCUCGACACCGAAGAUACCACCAGAAGGUUCAAGAGCAAGUAUGGCGAGAUCCAGUCGGCCAAGACGAGCGGAAAGAAGGGCCACUACAAGAAGAUGAUGCAGAAGAAAUACGGCAAGAGCUACCGCCAAGGAUGA